GCCAUGGAGCCCGGAGCGGGGCCCGCCCGGCCCUACCCCGCCUGGAGCGCUGCGGAGGUGGCCGAGUGGGUGGCGCGGCUCGGCUUCCCCCAGUACGAGGAGUGCUUCAGAGCCAACGGCAUCACCGGCCGCCGCCUCGUCCUGGUGAACUGCAGCAGCCUGCCCGCCAUGGGCCUCACCGACUUCGGCCACAUGCAGACGAUUUCACGACAUGUGCGGGAGUUGCUGGGGAUCGAAGAGCCUGUCUUCAGCAGAUCCAUUGCCCUCCCAUACAGAGACAACAUGGGCCUCUUCCUGGAGCAAAAGUCCCGAUCAGGAGAGAAAGCAGAUGCCCUCACUUUCUCACAGUUUGUCCAAGAAGCAGGCCUGGAGCCCUAUAGCACAGGACCUCCUUUGCAACAAGCCCAGACUGGGUUAGAGGCAGAUGCAGUCCCUUUAUCGCAGGGCACCCAGAGGCAGGAUUAGAGUCACACAGCAGUUCCACCUUUGUAAGAAGCCCAGCUGGGACAGCAUUAUAUAGCUUUAUUACCUUGCCAUAAGGAGGUACAGUUCGACAUUCUCCACAUUACACAAAAGCCCAUUGUAGCUCUUAGCUGUUUGAUUACAGCAAACACAUCCCUACAUCGCCUCUUUUCCACAGGGAUUUUCUGCAGUCCUUCAUUUGCUUCCAGGAACUAAGAGAAGCAGAACCCAUAAAUCAAGCAUGACUUUACCACUGUCUUUCAUUUCUGUUUUAUAGUUGAUUAAA